AUGCAGACUGAGCUCCUGGGCUCAGAGCCAGCAACUAAGCUCACAACCACUUCCCAAGCUCAAGAACCAGAAUCUGAGCUCAGUGGCAGCCCCAGAGUUGAAGAACUAUCCCCUGAGCCCAAGAAGCAGCUCAGGACCAGCAACCAAGAUCCCCGCAGAAGCUCUCCCCGCCCCACCGACCCCUGCCCCACAAACCCUUCCCCAACCCAAGCGACCCUCCCGACCCCUCGCAGCCCCCCACAGACCAUUCCCUCAUCCCCACCCCACCACCCCCAACUCAGUCCCACAGACUCCCUCACCCCACCUGGACCCCGGCACAAGAGCGAAGCAGAGCAGCACAAGGAGGAGGAGGCGGAGGAGGAAGAGCUCAGCGCACAGGGAGCCGCCGGCCCCGGCAGGCUGCUGCCGAGCAGAGAGCGCUGGGAGGGAGACCCCGGCCCGGCCCCUCCGGCUGCUGCGGCCACGUGUGACGGGGAGCGGAAGCAGCUCGCAGCCUGCAACCGAAGUCCCGCCCACGAGCGGGCGGCCGCAGCCAAUCAGAAGCGCCCAGAUCCCGCAGCCAAUCAGAGCCGCCGAAACAGCCCAGCCACGCCCCCAAGUCUCAGCAGGGAACCGCCCCUGCCGGCCGCGGGCACCAUUGGGGCUGCCUCCCGGCCAGAGGCUGCGGAGCGCUGGAGCAGUGCCUGGGCUGUGCGCGCGGACAGCGCUGUCGCGACAGAGCUGCGGGGUCGUGAGGUGAAGCACCACUGCCCCCAGCCUGGCCCCCGGCCCUUCAUCUGUGGUGAUUGUGGCCAGAGCUUCAAACAGAGCUCCAGUCUCAUCCGGCAUUGCCGCACCCAAACCGGUGAGAGGCCAUACAGCUGCGCUGAGUGUGGCAAGACCUUCGCUCACAAGUCUGCCCUCACCCAGCACCGCAGUGUGCACAGCACUGAGAAGCCCUUCAGCUGCAGGGACUGCGGCAAGAAAUUCAAACAUAGCGCCACUCUCACCAUCCAUCGCCGCAUCCACACAGGAGAGCAUUUGUUCCCCUGUGCUGAGUGCGGCAAGAGCUUCACCACCAGCACGAGAUAUAUCCAGCACCAACUCAUCCACAGUGGUGAGAAGUCCUACAGCUGUGCCGACUGCUGGAAGAGCUUCACCGAGAGGGGAAGUCUCAACGUGCACCGUCGUGUGCACACUGGCGAGUCAUUCAGCUGUGCUGAGUGUGGCCAGGCCUUCAGACAUAGGGCCACUCUCAUUCACCAACGCAGCACCCACACCGGUGAGAAACCUUUCACCUGUUCUCACUGUGGCAAGAGCUUCAGCCACAGAGGCAAUCUCAUUGUUCACUGCCGCACCCACACAGGUGAGAAACCUUUCACCUGUGCUGACUGUGGGAAGCUCUUCAGCCAGGGGCACCAUCUCCUUUCUCACCGCCCUACCCACACCAAUGAGAAGCCGUUCAUCUGUGCUGACUGUGGGAAGAGCUUCAGCCAGAGGACCACUCUCAUUCGCCACCACCGCACCCACACUGGUGAGAAGCCUUUCACUUUUGUUGAUUGCGGUAAGAGCUUCACCCACUGUAACUCAAAGCUCAUCCGGCACCGCCGCACCCACACUGGAGAGAAACCAUUCACCUGUGCUGACUGUGGCCAGAGCUUCACCCAGCGCUGUCAUCUCACCCAGCACUGCCUCACCCACACUGGAGAGAGGCCCUUCUCCUGUGACAGCUGUGGCAAGUGCUUCAGGCAGCUCUCUACUCUUAGGCAACACCACCUCACCCACACCAGUGAGAAGUUCUUCAGCUGCAGGGACUGUGGUAAGAGCUUCAAAACCAUCUCCACUCUCUCCAUCCAUCGCCACAUCCACACUGGAGAGCAUCUGUUCCCCUGUGCUGAGUGUGGCAAGAGCUUCACCACGAGUGCCAAAUUCAUCCGGCACCAACUCAUCCACAGCGGUGAGAAGCCCUACAGCUGUGCCGCUUGCGGCAAGAGCGUCACCCAGACGGGAACCCUCAGCCUGCACCGUCGUCUGCACACUAUGGAGAAGUCGUUCAGCUGUGCUGAGUGCGGGCAGGCCUUCAUACAUAGGUACACGCUCAUUUGCCACCACUGCACACACACUGGUGAGAAGCCUUUUGCCUGUCCUGUGUGCGGUAAGAGCUUCACCCAGAAGGGAAACCUCCACAAGCACCGCUGCACCCACACCAGAGAGCACUGUGCACUGGAGGGGAGGCAGAAAUCCACCUAG